AUGGCUUUCGGAGCCUUACGAUCCUUAAUCCGGCCCAUCUCUCGAACUCUUCUUUCUACGCGGUCGCCCUCCACGGUUUCUACCCUGAGGCUUCAACCUCUCAGCGGGGUGUCUCCGGCGUCUAAUCUUCAUCUUUGCCGCCAGUUUGGAGCCUCUCGCGGGUUAGGUUCGUUCUUCCAGCCGUCCGGCGGUUUUGACCGAUUGACUGACACCCGGUUGCCCAAAAGACGGCCGAGUCUCAACUCUCGCCGGAAAAGGCUCAGUCCGGAUCCCCGAGGUCCGGCUGCUUGGGUGAAAUAUUUACAUCCGGAUCAGGAAGUUGUUAAGAAACCUAAUGAAGGAAGCGUGAAACGAAGGAACGAAAAGAAGCGGAUCAAAUUGCACCGAGCAUUUAUAUUGGAUGAAAAAAAGAAACGGACAGCUUUGAUACAAGCUGCCAAGAAAAGGAAGGAGAUAGAAAGGGUAGAGCGAAAGAUGGCAGCUGUUGCAAGGGAAAGAGCAUGGGCAGAAAGGUUGGUAGAGCUGAAGCAGAUGGAGGAGGAGAAGAAGAAGAAGGCAGCAAUGGCUUGA